CGUCGGCUCGGCGGGCGGUGUCCAGACGCAGGUACCGGCCAGAGCGGAGCUAGCGGUGCUGACGGGACCGGCCGGGCCGGGACCAGGGCCGGGGCGAGCGGAGGGGCCUGCGCGGCCGCCCGGCCCGGCCGCGGAUCAGAGGCCUCAGUCCCUUUCCUGAAAUUCUCACAGGGAAACACACAAGCCUUGCUGGUUGGUUCUGGGAUGGAAGAGGAGCUUGCCAAGGGUUCCUGCUGACAGGCUCCUGGGACCAUGGGCCUUGGGCCCUGAGGACACAGGGCGCCCUGUGGCCAUGACGACGGGUGACUGUUGUCACCUCCCCGGCUCCCUGUGUGACUGCUCCGACAGCCCUGCCUUCUCCAAGGUCGUGGAGGCCACAGGCCUCGGACCACCCCAGUAUGUGGCCCAGGUGACUUCAAGGGACGGCCGGCUCCUCUCGACUGUCAUCCGGGCCUUGGACACACCAAGACAUACAAAGAAGCAGACGGAAGCCUUGCCGUGUUGUGGAGGGAGCCCAGUGCUGGGCCCCUUACAGGUCUUUGCCUUGCCUGAGCCCAGCGAUGGUCCCUUCUGCCGGAUCUGCCAUGAGGGGGCAAAUGGGGAGAGCCUACUGUCUCCAUGUGGGUGCACUGGCACGCUGGGCGCUGUGCACAAGAGCUGUCUGGAGAGGUGGCUUUCCUCAUCCAACACCAGCUACUGCGAGCUGUGCCAUACAGAGUUUGCAGUGGAGAAGCGGUCCAGAUCUCUCACAGAGUGGCUGAAGGACCCCGGGCCUCGGACAGAGAAGCGGACGCUGUGCUGUGAUGUGGUGUGCUUCCUGUUCAUCACGCCACUGGCCGCUAUUUCAGGCUGGCUGUGCCUGCGGGGGGCCCAGGACCACCUCCGGCUCCACAGCCAUCUGGAGGCCUUGGGGCUGAUCGCCCUCACCAUUGCCCUCUUCACCAUCUAUGUCCUCUGGACGCUGGUCUCAUUCCGCUACCAUUGCCAGCUGUACUCCGAGUGGAGAAGGACCAACCAGAAAGUGCGCCUGAAGAUGCAGGCUGAUGGCUCCGAGGGCAGCCAGCACUCCCCGCUGGCGGCCGGACUCCUGAAGAAGGUGGCUGAGGAAACACCCGUGUGAAGGCCGGGCCGGCCUUGCUGUCUGGGCUGGAGGCAGCUGGCAAUGCCCUGGUAUUCAGAAGGACAGAAACUGCCUGACCCUUCCUGCAGGGCCGGAGCGCUUCUCAGGCCAAGAGAUGCCGAGCGGAGGAGCCGAUUCUGUGAUUCCUGAGUGAAGCUGUUUUCAGAUUGAUUUUGCACACUCUUGUACACGAGGAUGAUGAACGGACAGAUGUGGUCCCAAGCUCCGGAUGGAGCGGGCACCCUGAUCUCAUUCUGAAGUCUCCCUGGCCCCUCCUGGGCCACCAGUCGCGGCCAGAGGCAAGUCUUGAGUGCCCCUCAGGCUGGGAGGCUCUGCAGGCUUCUUGCACUUUCCUGCACCUGGCAGGCUCGCUUUCCAGGCACCCUUGACUUUAUAACGUUGCACCACAUUUCAGAACACCCCCUCCCCUCCGAAUGAAUAAAAGGAGCCCCUUGCUGGACAAAACGGACUUGUCAGUCACAUUUCUGAGACCUCAAAGGGAGGGCCUGGGACCGAGGGGGGUCAGGGACUACCCAGAGGUAACAGUGGCAACAGCAGAUGCUCCCAACUGGUUUGAGGGAUCCAUUGUGAAAUGCAGGGCUAGAAGCAGUGUCUGAGUUUUCCAGGGACAAGGAGGUAGCAGGGCUAUGUAGUAAAUGAUUUAAAAUAAAUAUACAUGAGAAGAA